CCACUACACCAUUAGCUCCCAUCCUCUGCCCUGAAUAAACUCUAUUCUAUACCAUGUCUGUGUGGUCCCUCAGGGGGAAAAAGGUGCCUGGGCAUGGGCCUGCCUAAGCACCUUCUUCCCCCCACUGCCUUAUACCAUUCUCUAAACCCUUUUCUCUCUUUUUAUGUACCCAUCAAUCAAUAGCUACCUGAGAAAUCCCUGAGGCCCUCCUCACAGGAACAUACCCAUCACUCCCACUGUUGUGGCUGAGUCAUUUCUCCACCCCCACCUCAGUUAGGAAGUUUGUUUCACUUUUAUGGUGUUAAACAGUACUCUAUUAAAGAGCUGACUCCUCUGGAACCUCCUGGGUUACUACAUUGUCCAAGUCUCAGUGCCUGUGAGAGAGGAUCAAGUAUUCUGCAGCCAGACCCUGAAACAAAGGUGUCGGGCACUGAAAAGUUUCCUCUUCUCUAAAGGAUUUCAGUUCAGGUCAUUGAUCUGAGUUCUUCUAUCAGACUCAGAACAUUACCUGUUUUAUCUUUUCCUGCAUACAUAAACAUAUUAUGGACAUGGCCUCAGAAAUCCACAUGCCAGGCCCAGUGUGCCUCAUCGAGAACUCUGGUGAGCAGUUGCUGGUCAACCAGGAAGCACUGGAGAUCCUGUCUACUAUUGAAAAUCCUGUAGUGGUGGUAGCAAUAGUGGGCUUGUACUGCACAGGCAAAUCCUAUCUGAUGAAAAAGCUGGCUGGAAAGCAGAAGGGCUUCUCCCUGGGCUCUACUGUGCAGUCACACACAAAGGGCAUCUGGAUGUGGUGCCUCCCUCAUCCCCAGAAGCCAGAACACACCUUGGUUCUGCUGGACACGGAGGGUCUGGAAGACGUAAAGAAGGGCGACAACCAGAAUGGCUGCUGGAUCUUUGCUUUGGCAGUCCUCCUUAGCAGCACCUUCAUCUACAACAGCUUAGGAAUGAUCAACCAGAAGGCCAUGGACCAGCUGCACUAUGUGACAAAACUGACCGAGCUAAUCAAAUCAAAGUCAUCACCUGAUCAGAGUGAUGUAGAUGAAUUACCUAACUUUGUAAGCUUCUUUCCUGUCUUUGUGUGGACUCUGAGGGAUUUCCCCAUGGAGCUGGAACUUAAUGGAAGAUCUAUAACUCCUGAUGAGUACCUGGAGAAUUCACUGGCUCUGAGACUAGGAACUGAUGAGAAAACUAAAAGAUUAAAUGAGCCACAAAUGUGUAUCAAGAAGUUCUUCCCAAAGAGGAAGUGCUUCAUCUUCGACAGUCCUGCUGACAGAAAGCAACUUCAAAAACUAGAGUUUAUGGGGAAGGAGGAACUGAAUAAAAAAUAUGUAGAAGAAGUUGAAAAAUUCACCUCAUACAUCUUCAGCUAUUCUGGUGUCAAGACUCUGUCUGGUGGCAUCAUAGUCAAUGGGAAACGUCUCAAAAUCCUGGUGGAGACCUAUGUCAGUGCCAUCAGCAGUGGGUCUCUCCCCUGCAUGGAGAGCACUGUGAUGACUUUGGCCCAGAUUGAGAACUCAGCAGCAGUGGAAAAGGCCAUCACCCACUAUGAAGAACAGAUGAAUCAGAAGAUCCAGAUGCCCACAGAAACCCUCCAGGAGGUGCUGGCCAUGCACAGGACCUGUGAAAUGGAGGCCACUGAGAUCUACAUGAAAAAUUCUUUCAUGGAUGUAGACCAAAAUUUCCAGAAGGAAUUAGGGACCCAGCUGGAAGACAAGCUAGAUGCCUUUGUUAAGAAGAACAUGGACAUGUCAUCAGCUCAAUGCUCAGAUUUACUGGCGAGGAUCUUUGGUCCUCUGGAAGAGGAAGUGAAGCAGGGGACAUUUCAUAAACCAGGAGGUUACUACCUUUAUCUUCAAAAGAAACGAGAACUGGAGAAAAAGUAUAAGCAGACUCCUGGAAAGGGACUCCAGGCUGAAGAGAUGUUGAGAAAGUACAAUGAGUCCAAGGAGGAGGUGGCUGAGACACUUCAGAAGAUGGACCAGUCACUCACAGAAAAAGACAAGCAGAUUGAAGUGGAACGUGUAACAGCUGAAGUUGCAGAAGCUUCAAGGAGAACACAGGAGGAAAUGCAAAAGAAGUAUGAGCAGCUGAUGAAAAAGAAGGAAAAGAGUUAUCAAGAGCUCACAAAACAGCUGACCGAGAAGAUGGAUCAGGAACAGAAAGUGUUCAUGGCUGAGCAAGAUAGAAUCAUAUCCCUUAAAAUGCAGGAACAGGAAAGACUUCUUAAGGAACGAUUCAAGGCUGAGAGCAGAAUGCUGCAUGAAGAGAUAGAGAAAAUCAAGAAGGUGAAGUCAUCUUCAUCGUGUACCAUAUUCUAAAAUUCAAACAGACUAAGGCUAUCCGCCCUGGUUCCACUCACAAGGAAUAAACUUAAGGGAUAGCUUUGGACUGUGAAGCAGCUUGGCACUGAAAAGACUUGAAGACAUGACACUUUAUUGGGAAGAAGGUAGAAAUAGAGUUAACAAAGAAGAGUUUACAUAUAAAAAGAAUGUUUGGCUUAUGAAGUGAUUCAGUUCAUGUUUGUGUUAGAACUAAAGAUUCAUGUGAUCUUUAAUUGGGUCUUAUAUUUGAAAUUGUAAACAUGGACAGUGUAUGCAAACUAAAUUGUAUGGUUGGGAUUUGUUUUUACCACACAGUGAUAUGGCAGCUGCCUUUGGGUACACCUUUUUGUAUCACAUACACUCCCUUCUGGAUAUUCUAAGUCAUGUCCUCACAAGUAAUUCAAAGAUUUAGCUUUGCCCUCAGCUGAGAUUGGAAUGUUGUAAUCAUGAUAAAAAUCUGAACAUAUCCAUAUGAUACAGCUCUUUGGGUCUCAGGCUGUCUGCAGACAUUGGUUCCCAGGAUAGACAAUGGGCAGUGCUCAGUGUGGGAAGGCUGUGUGGCUGCUGGAUGAGCAGAGAAACCCAUUGGAGAGUGGGAGAAAAAUCCCCUCCAGACAGAAUGCACCUGUGAGUGGGAGUUGUCCCUCCCCUUUAGAGAAAUUUUUGCUUUAUUUCACGUUCCAGCCUUCUGUGUUUCCUUUCUAAUCUCUCUUUAUAAUUUUUAAAAACAUUUUGACCUUCUAAGAGUUUUAGAAUAAAGCAUGGUUAAGUAAAUGCUCUCAAUAAAAAUGACUAAUCUACCGUAA